AUGAACCUUCUGGCGACGCAUGCCAGCGCUCAAGAUGACGAGUGCGGCGGCAUUUGUGGGACCGAUGCUGACUGCGUUGUGAAUGAUCUCGGCACCGGUGUGUGCCAGUGCAAGGAUGGUUCUACCUUCAACGAUGUUGACUACACAUGCGAUGAUGUUGUGGAUGAGUGCGGUGGCAUUUGUGGGACCGAUGCUGACUGCGUUGUGAAUGAUCUCGGCACCGGUGUAUGCCAGUGCAAGGACGGUUCUACCUUCAACGAUGUUGACCACACAUGCGAUGGUGUUGUGGACCCGUGUGCUAGCUGGGAUUGCAGCCGCAAGGGUGAUAUCUGCCAAGUGUCGGGUGACGGCAGUCCCGAGUGCUAUGCCCCCCUCCUCCAGACGACAGUGCAGCUGCAGCUGCAGGUGAAGGAGAAUGGCCGGCCGCGCAGCUACCCGGAGAACGUCAAGUUCACCACCAACGGGCCAGCAGCGCAAGCCAGUGGCGACACCGCCUGCACCGACCUCACCUCCAGCUUCAGCCUCCGUGGCGACACCCAGAUCAGCAUCCAGUGGCAAUCCUACGGCCUUCAGGGGGCCGGCGACGGCAUGUGCAAAAGCGUUUCGUUCUUCAGCAACCCGGGCUGCACGGGCAAUCCGGGCCUCAAGAUCCCGCGUCCUGCAAAGGAUGGUGGCUCCUACCGCAACACAGACAGGACUGCCAAAGCGACGGAUUUGCCGAAAUCAGUUGGCUGUGAGAUCACCACGUGUCACAAGGACUGCGGAACUGCUGAGUGUGUGGUGGAGGGGGGGCAGCCCCAGUGCCAUUGCCCCUGGGGCUUCACGUUCAAUGAGGCUGAGAAGAUCUGCAGUGAUAAGACUUUCAAUCCUGCUGACAACUCUUGCAAGACGGGCACACUCAAGUGCGACAAGAACUCCAUGUGCGUUGUGAAGAACGGGCAGGGCAUGUGCCAGUGCAAUGGCGGCUACACCAAGACGAACGGCCUCUGCACCGCCAUGUGCAAGCCUGCUUGCCCUGCUCAGGCCCAGUGCACAGUGGUGGGAGGGAACGCGAAGUGCCAGUGCAAGGCAGGGUUCAAAAUGGAUCAGGGCACGAGGCAGUGCACACCCGCAUGUUCACCUGCCUGCCCCGAUAAUGCCCAGUGCAAGACGUGGCUAGGAAAGGCGCUGUGCCAGUGCAAGCAGGGGUUCAAAAUGGACAAGAUCAAGAACAAGUGCACACCCAAAUAUCCGGCCACCUGCCCCGAUAAUGCCCAGUGCAAGAUGGUGCAAGGAACGCCGCAGUGCCAGUGCAAGCAGGGGUUCAAAAUGGACAAGAGCAAGAACAAGUGCACAC